CUUCCCUUAAGCCUCCCAACGGAAUCCACGAGUGCAUUGGGAGUCUGCCAUAUCAGAACUCGACCUCCACAUCUCACCCAUUCCCCUCACCAUGAUAUUCUUCACGUUCUUUACCUAUAUUCUCUGAACUCAUCCUACAUACUCCGUACACAUCUGCACACUCUCGUUCGUCAUGGCUUCCAUCCGGUGCCGCCCGGCACGUAUACCUCAAGAAGCACAUGCCUGCGUCUCCUUUCGCUAUCACGCCGAGGGCGGUGCCAACGUCGUGUUCCGCGUUGUGGAAUACAAAGUCGGUUCGCAGGACGAGCCGCCGUUUGUCUUCGUCGGACCACGCGACCACCUAUACCAUCACAAAGGCUUCCUGUUCAAAGUCCUGCGCGUCAGCAAGGGAUUGCCCAAGACGCUUACAGCGGAGCAGGUCAAGAGCGACUUUGAUCAUGAAAUCGAACCACUUUUCGACACCCGAGGCACUCCCAACUUCCGUCACUUCCUGCUAGACCUGGAACUAGUACUCCUGGACGAUGAGGUUAUCGACUGGUUGAAUGCGGAGAUGAAUCGACACACAAACCGUCCUGCAAUACCAAUACCAUACAGGUUUAAGGGCCUUCUGAUGGACGACAUGUCGGUGGAUCCUCAUGCAAAACCGGAUGAACAUACCUUGACCAUCGAGUUGAAGCCCAAAUGGCUUGCGCAGUCCCCGAACGCACCGCAAGGAGCACUACGCUGUCGCACCUGUGCCCUGCAAGCUCUCAGGAACUCGGAUCCAGGCAAAACUGGUCGGGACGAUUACUUCUGUCCGCUAUACCUCUCGCCUAGCCAGAGAAGCCAGCGUCCUUAUGCAGCUAAGGUAAUCAGGACGUACCUCUCGACGAAGACCCAUCAGAUAUCAGAUCAAAUAGGCCACCGUGCGGUCCUGGAAAACCUGGUGUCCGCCCUGACUCGUGACUCAUUUGGGCUCCUGCGAUACCUCAAACAGAAGCAGAUUGAGCUCGAUCCGCAAGGCGUUUUAGGAGAGGAGGUAGAUAUGCACAACCUUCGACUGGCCAUGACCCUGAGAGAUUGCUCGCUGUUUCUACGAUGCACCUACUCGCCGACUUCUCCCGCGACCAACUAUCGCGUCGAUAUGAAGCUGGCCGACCUCGACCUCAAGUCUCCCGCCAAGGUGGAUGAUUGGAGAUCCAAGGAGCAGGAAUUGAUCACUGAGGACUGGUACUUUGACAAGGGGAACGUGGGCGGGAUAGGUGAUUGCGGCUUGAAGAUCUGCGAUUAGAGAACGCAGCCUACCAUGGGGUUUUUGCUGGGUCCUUUCUUCAUGAGAACAACACCGCAGACAAUGCCACCAAGUCCAGCCUCGCCUUCCCCCUUGCACAAUCGACACCUUGGGGAUACAGUUGUUCACGCCCCUGCGCAGCGGCCUUCGCGGAGUGGGACUCAUGAUGGGUUGCGCAACUGGAACCCCCUUAGCCACAAAGCUUCCAACGAUUCACCUCCAAAGCCAGGGCCUCUAGCCGCGGUUAGUUGGAUUCAGCGCGGAAGUCCGAGUUCAGGCCCUGGCAACUUAGCAGAAGGAAGCUCUAGCAGCGAUCAACCGAAUUCCACUGCGUUCGAAGAGUUUACUUGCAGCCGGCCAAAAGCGUCU